GCUUACGCGGUGACGUCGUUCUCCGCCGCCUGGGCGUGCCCGUGCACCUACCUCAGGCGACCUCAGGUGUCGGGUCGCUGUCGCUCUAACCUGCCUGAGCCCUUGGGCUGCCGGCCGCGCAGAGCACGACCUGGAAGCGCGGAGAGAGGCUGAAAUGGACCCGGUGGACUUCGAAGACGUGGCUGUGAACUUCACCGCGGAGGAGUGGGCCCUGCUGGACCCGGCUCAGAGGAGGCUCUACAGAGACGUGAUGCUGGAGACCUUCAGGAACCUGGCCUCCGUGGGUUCUCACUCUCAAGGCAGAGCCAGCGCGCUAAGUCCUGAGCAGGGUGCUCUGGAGGGUGAGCUCUGCGGCGAAGGCACAAUAGUAGGAUUCACAAGAAAUCUCUCCAGGCCUGUUUUGGGAGAAAGCUGGGCAUUUCAUAGCAUGGGACAUCACCACCGAACCCAGGAUGGGCGUUUGAGAAACCAUUGGGUGGAGAGUCUCUGUGGAGGUAAAGAAGGUCAUCAGUGCAGAGAAACCCUGAACCAGAUUCUAAAUCUUACUGUCCAUGAAGGUUAUCAGACUGGAAUUCAGCCCUACAAGCGCACCAAGUGUGGAGAAGCCUUUAUGGAUUGUUCUUUCCAGAAGAAUCAGCUAAGAUCUCACCCUGGACACAGACUUUGUCCGUGUGAGGAACGUGGACAAGUCUGCAUCUGUGUCUCCUGCCUGUGCGCCCCUAGGGGAGCAGACAUUGUAGAGAAACCCUAUAAAUGUCAGGAUGCUGGGAGAGUGUCUAAGAGAUAUGUGAAGAGUCAUGGGAGUGAACAGCCCUCAGAGCCUAAGAAAGCUGGGAAAGCUGUUAUUUGCCCCUCAUCCUUUCAGGGACGUGAAAAAGGUCGUUAUGGACAGAAAAUCCAUGUGUGUGAAGUCUGUGGGAAAUCCUUCAGUUAUUAUUGCCAGCUUGCUCGGCAUGUGAGAACUCAUACUGGAGAGAAGCCCUACGGAUGUAGAGAAUGUGGGAAAGCGUUCACUCGCGUCUCACACUUCCGGGAACACGUGAGGAUGCACACGGGAGAGAAGCCCUACGAGUGCAAGCAGUGUGGCAAAGCGUUCAGCUGGUGCACCUACCUGCGGGAGCACAUGCGGACACACAGUGGGGAGAAGCCCUACGAGUGCCAGCAGUGCGGGAGAGCCUUCCCGUAUCUCAAAUCCCUGCAAGGACACGCGCGGGUGCACACUGGAGAGAAGCCCUAUGUGUGUAAGGAGUGUGGGAGGUCCUACAGUUGUCCCAAGUACUUUAGAAAACAUGUUAAAACACACAGUGGAGUAAAACCCUAUGAAUGUACAGAAUGUGGGAAAGCGUUCAUUACUUCCUCUUCCCUUCGAGAACAUAUGAAAACACACAGUGAAGAGAAACCCUAUCAGUGUCAGCAGUGUGGGAAAGCCUUCAGGUACCCCAGGUCCCUGCAGGGGCACAUGGUAACACACAGCGAAGAGAAACCGUAUGAGUGUCAGCAGUGUGCGAAAGCCUACAGGUGUCUCAUUUCCCUGCAGAGACACAUGAAGACGCACACCGGGGGGAACUCUGAUGACAGGGACUGUGGGAGAGACUUCCUUUCUCCUUAAAACUUGUAAAUGUGAGCCAUCACAGGAGAGGAACAUGAAUCAAAAGGAUGGGGGAACCUUCAGCACUUCACUUAUCUGGUAUGUGAAAGCUGGGCAGGACAGAAAUCUUUUCAUGGCUAUAAAUACGGUUUUCCCUCCAUAAGUGCCUCAUCCUGAAUAAGGAUCCCAGUGUAUUAAUUUCUAGUUCAUGUAGUGAUCUGAACACUUAAGAUAAUUACUGUUCCUCUACGUCCCCUUCAUGUGUACUACUUACAUUUUGUUAUCUUGGAUUUUAAUUAUACAGUCAUACAGUGCUUGCCUCAAUUCCGCUAUAAUAUCUUCUGAAUCCAGGGAUGGCAAGAAGUGUCUGGUUUUUGAUUUUUUUUCAUGUAGAACUCCGUGUGAAUUUAGAUGAAAAUAUUUUUGUUUCAUACUUUUGAUUAUGAUCUUGGUAUGCGAUCCUGACGUGAGAACUGUAUUGUUGAAAUGUCUUCUGGUCCAUGUGACAGGUGAUUUUUUUUUGUGACUCAGUAUUUACUGUCCCCUUGAGUCUGUAUUACAGAAAGCUGUGUCUUCCAUAUUUCUUUGUUGCUAGCGGAUACUACACUUGUGUUCCUCACAGAAAUUAAUCAUUGUGGGAGGUCUUGGAAGACAGCAGUCUCACCUGGUUAUGUUCAUUAUAACUUGACCUCUGCUCAUUGUCCUUGAUUGUGGUUGGAAAUUGGACAGGAUUUAUUGAGAUAGUUGAGUGACCCGGUGGCGUGAAGAUGAAAGCUCGUGUGCAGACGGUUCUUCUGAGUUGUGUUGUGGGCGUGGGUAAUCCGGUGGGAGACUGCCUAACCCAGAGUCCUCCUGUCAGUGGUUCUGAGUUGAAGUUCCUGAGAAGAGGAAGAGGCAUGAGGUCUGGAGGACAGAGGUGAGGAAGCCAUGAGCCUCAGGUCUUCUGUACUGUCAGGAGGCGGAGACACACGGGAACUUACUGGGCCCAGUUUUCUGGCUCCUGGCCCUGCCCACGUGGGCCAGCCCCCAAGCAGACACGUGUUUGACGUUAGUUCCCGCUUGGGCAGCAGAUUCUACACUUCUCCCCAAGGUCCCUCAUUAUGGUUCCUCUUUGCGUUUCUGGUCCACACAGACCCUUGCGUGUUCCUGUAGGUCUUUGGUGUCCAUCAGGCCACUCCUUCAGGCAUUCAUACUGUGAUCUUCUCACACCCUGUGACCCCCUCCAUGUCCAACAGUUCGGCUCAUGACAUGAUUUGUGUAGGAAGCAUCUUAUUCCUCUAAUAGAGGAGCUGGUUCCUUCCUCCAGCCAUGGCAGAUUUAAUGUGGCAGCCACAAGUGCAGGACACCUACUUCCUUUGUUUCAUUGCUGAAACUCUGCAGUGGCCCUGCAUUUCUUGUUUCUGGAAACUUCCAUGAUGGAAAUGAGCACUUAUGAAAAUGUUUGGCCCUUUGUGGGCAUUUUAUCUUGUAGCUGGCUGCUCUGUAAAUGGUAAACCUACUAUAUUUAAUUACCUUGCAUUUUUAUGUGUGUUUACUUAGUGUUUCUUUCAUUUUUUUAUACAUUUGGUUUGGGUUCCUACUUGAUAGACCACAGUGGGCAAUAAUGACACAGUAAUCAGAAAAACAAGCUGCCAGCCGCUGUCCAGCAGUCCCCUGUGCCUUGGUCCUUCUGUCUGUAGGGGAACAGCAUCUUCACUGUACCUUCCAAGUCUCCUGCAAGGUAGGCUAUUGGUGAAUUCUAACCUGAGUUAUAAAGAUGAGAUUCUGGGAAGUAUGCAUCCCAGCCUCACCCACAGAGAAAGAACGUUCAGCGGAACCACACCUUCCUGGAGAUUCCAUUGACCUCUCACAGUGGCACAGGAAAUGCAGCACAGUGAGCAUCUGGGAGGGAGGUGGAUGUGGAGAUUCCACGUACAUGCCUCUCUGGUCCUCUGGUUCCAGAAGACAGUGUAAGCAGAACAGUAAAACAGUGUUUCACGUGACACUGGGAGUUCAUACCUACAUGGAGCCCAAAAUAUACACAAGUGUAUGUACACAGGGUCCACUAGUGUCUCCCCCCACCCCAAUUUCACACCCACUUGGCCCUCAGACCUUUUUAAAAAAUAAAGUCUGAUUCAUGGGAAACAAGAGGUCCAAAAUUGAGUCUUAGCAGCCGAGCAAGACGUAAUAACGAACCUAGUUGCAGCCUCACCUUUUCCCAGGAACGUGGCCUUUGAGUCAACCUGGCAGUUCCUGGUCUGCAGCAGGAGGUGUUCUGCUGAGAGGCUCCCCCACUUCUGUUCCCCUCAGGAAACAAACGAUGCAGCCUUUGCCUGAAGUGAUGCACUCUUCACUAAUAGUUUUCCUUUUUUCUGCUCCUUUUCUGUCUUUAAAGCCCAUGAUUUCUGUAGGUCCUUGGAUCUCUUUUUCUGCUUGCUCAGUGGGCUGCUGCCUGAUUCACGGAUCUUUCAGUAAAUCCUGUGAGGUCUUUAAAAGUUACUCAGUUGAAUUUCUGUCAUUUAAGUUGGUGAAGCCACUUUGAGAGACAGUCUGGCCGGUCCUCAAAAUGACGAACACUGAGUCACUGUGUGACAUGGCCGCAUCAUCCUAGGUACCUGUCUGCCCAAGAGAGGGAAAAGCAAGCAUCAUCACAAAAAACGGUACACAGAUAUUCACAGCAGCAUAAGUCACAAUAGCCAAAAAGUGGAAACCAGUCAAAAGGCCACUGGCUGAUCUGGAGAAGCAAAUGCUGUAUAUUCUCACAACGGAAUAUCAUUUGCAACAAGAGGAAUGAAGUAGUGAUCCAAGACACAAAAUCAGAGACUUCUUAGAACGUUAAGCAGCUCCACAAAUGUCCACAGGCAGUAUCAUAUCGUUUAUAUGAAACGCAGAGAAUGAGCAAGUCUAUAGAGGCAGAAAGCAGGGAGCAGGUGGAGUGCAGUGGUGGAGCACGGGCUUAGCGUGCACGAGGUCCUGGGCUCAAGCCCCUGCACCUCCAGUAAAUAAAUAAUCCUAAUUACCCCCCCAAAAUAAAAUAUUUGUUUCUAAUUUAAAAAAAAAUAAAAAGGAAUUGGGUCCAAAGUCUUUCAGACUCUUUCCUGGUAUGGCAGUGGAGGGGGGGUUCAUAAAACACAAUUUUUGAUACCUUUCUUGGGAAAAAAUGUUGCAAGCUGACAGUUCACAAAGGGAUGUGGUUGCAGUGCCUCAUGGUCACACACCUGCCUCAGUGACAGGUGAACACGGUCCCUCUUCAGUGCACCUUACAGGGCCUGUGGAGCCCUGAAAAUGGACAGAUGUGGGAACUAACACACCAUCAGUAUUAAGUUAAAAGGUCUUACUCUAGUGGAUCAGAUUUUCUUUUUUUAAGGCGCACAAUGUCCGCAUCGAACUCUCAUCCCAAAGGAGCAGAUCCCGAUGGACGGUUGUCCCUUGCAGGACCCAUGCUGAUGGAUUCCACAUCUUCUGUCAUGUCUCCGCCUCAUCUCUGUCCUCAUCUCAGAAGCAUAAAGUGCUUGAGAGCAACUGAAACACUAGCCCUGGGACUUUGUACACAGCCCUGUGAUUCCUUUCUGUUGCUCACUGGGAGCCAGUCCCUGUUAGGAAACAGGUUUCUGAGUCAUGGCUGUGUAGGAUCAGAGAGCUUUCACAGAGGUGGAACUGGACAGUGUGAAAAACAAACCUGCCCAGUGCAGCCGAGCAGAAGUGCUGGUUCCUGUUUAAAGCCGUCUCUGCUGCGCUGACCAGGAUGGGAACAGAAGAUGCCUGAGUGUGUCCUGUCAGUGUCCUGGAGACAAUUAGCCUAGAAAGCCCUGUUUAACCUUCAUUCUGUGCUUUUAGUAUUGGACAACUGAGCUCUUCCGCAUGGCUUAUAAUAAACCACAUUUCAUGUCUU